UUCAAGUUUAAGCUGAUCCUUUAGGCAGUUUUCAAAGCAUAGGUUGGUUCAUCUAAGGUUACACAACUCUUAACAUUUGUGUAUUGCCGAUUAUAAAAAGAUGGCCACUUCUAUUGGGGAAAUCUCUAUGGAAAGUUCUUCCACUCUAGCAAGGCUUGCUCCCCUUCAAGCCGUACUAUUUGACAUUGACGGAACUUUAUGUGAUUCAGAUCCAUUUCACUAUCUUGCAUUCCGUGAGAUGCUUUUGGAGAUAGGAUACAAUGGGGGAGUGCCAGUUGAUGAGGAGUGGUUUGUCAAGACUAUUUCUGGGAAACACAAUGAUGAUCUUGUCUCUGUACUUUUUCCUAAUGAUCACGAACGGGGUGUAAAAUUCUUGGAUGACAAGGAAGCUUUGUUUAGAAGGUUGGCAAAAGAGCAGUUGAAACCUCAAAAUGGUCUCUACAAGUUGAGAAAGUGGAUCGAAGAUCACGGUCUGAAACGAGCUGCAGUUUCCAAUGCACCUAGAGCUAAUGCUGAACUAUGUAUAAAUCAAGUUGGCCUUGCUGAUUUCUUUGAUGCACUUAUUCUUGGAAGUGAUUGCAAGCAUGCAAAACCAUAUCCUGAUCCAUACUUGAAGGCCCUUGAAGUGUUGAAUGUAUCAAAAGAUCACACAUUUGUAUUUGAGGAUUCUGUCUCAGGAAUAAAAGCUGGGGUGGCUGCUGGAAUGUCUGUCAUUGGUUUGGCGAACCGGAAUCCAUCUCAGUUACUUAUGGAAGCGAAGCCUGUUUUUCUUAUUAAAGAUUAUGAAGAUCCAAAGUUAUGGGCAGCUCUUGAGGAGAUUGACAAGAUGUCUGUCACCAGGAAGACCACAACAUGAGGCAUAUACAAUUAAGAGGUGAAAGUUCGACAAAAACUUACUCACAUCCGAUGUUUACACUAAACCAUAGUGGUUUUACUAUGACUAAUCGAUAGAUCGAGGUUGAAAGCACACAGUACGAAGUACCAUGGUCAGCGAUACGUGUAUGUGAACGACUGUGUCAUGUAGUUGUUGAGUUAAUGUAAACACCAUCUAUGAGUUGAAAAAAAGUUGUGAGGAACUUUUUGUUCUUGCUUGAGCAGAUCUCUUCAGGAAUAUCAGUUACAGAAUAUUGAUGUAAUUUUACUUAAAUUGUGUACUAAAGGAAUUAGAAUCCACGGGAAACACAAACGUGUCAAAAAAUUAGUAUAUAUAAUGUGUAAAAGAUUCAGCUUAAUAGUCAAA